AUGAUGAAUCUUAACAAUUCUACAUUUUUUCCAUUGUUUCCUUUACCAUCACCAUCACCUUCAUUAUGUUCACAAUCAUUUUGUAAUUAUUGUCCAUCAACCUCAUUAUUUUCUUCUUCACCUAUGUAUCAAACAUCAUUUAUGUCGGAUAUUCCAUUAAUUAUUACUCCAAGUCCUGCAUCAUCAUAUAUUUCAACUUCUCCAACACCAUCAUCAAAUUCAGAUAAUCGUUCAUCAGCUAUGUUACCAGUUCGUUCAUCAUCAUUUGAUUUAUCAUCAUUAAUUGUAAAAGCUCGUUAUCGUCGUGAAAAUUUUGGCGAAUAUCUUGAAUGUGCAUUUUGUAAAACAAACGGCGAAACUUAUGAUGUUUAUUCUUCACAUCGUCUUCGUGAUAAUGAAAAAAUGAUAACUGUUUGUCCAAUUCUUCGUGCUCAUAAAUGUCCACGUUGUCAUUUAUCUGGUGAUCAAGCACAUACAAUGAAAUAUUGUCCAAUUAAAGCUGAAAUUAAAGCAAAUCGACGUAUGCGUGAAAUUGAAUUAGCUAUGAAAAAAAAUUAA